GUGCAUUUUGUUUGCUUUUCUUGUCAAUUUAAUGCAAUCAUAAGACAAUGAUUGUUUGCCAGACGGUUGAUAUAUUUUCUAAGGUAAUUGUUCAGUUUGUUUUGUGUCUAAUGCAAAUUAUAUCUUUGUUAAUCCUUUGCAAAAGUCAACAUUAUAUCUCCAAGGAGUUUGGUUAAAUGUCAAAGGGGUCAAAUUUUAUUGGAAUUCUGCCUUUAAACAUUGCUAUUUUGCUUUGAAUUUCAGGGAGCUGUAUCUAAGGAUUAUAAAGCCGCUUCCUGAUGAAUUCGUGAUGUUUACAACGGUGAAAUAUUGUUCAAACCGGCGUGUUUUAGCCGCUUUAAACAUUUUAAAUGAAUUUAACAAGAUGGACGGUUAUAGUUUGCAAACUCAAAGAUUGACAUGACUGAUGAUGGCAGCUAUGGAAACACAAAUGCAACUUAAAGAAGAUAAAAUAGCUCAAAAGAAGGACGUUAAGAAACGAAUUCAUUCUGGAAAGAGGUUUAGUUAUGGCAAAACAGUGCAGUUCCCAGGUAUAUGUUCAUAUUUUAUAUGGGAACAAUUAAAUAACAUAGACUACAUCUUUCAAUUCUAUUUGUUUACUAAAUACAAGAAUACUAUAUAUAACAAAAAGCAUAAAAUUACAUUAUUUUCAGAAUUGUAUCACUCUCCAAAGCAAAUUGCAUUAUGCCAAAAUUUAUGUACUGUACAUUUCAAUGUGCUCUGAAGGGGUCAGGUUGGGUAUAAUCUGGGGGAUUUUAUUUAAUCACAUGGAAUCUACUGCGACGUAUGGAUUGCAUUAUGUCAAUUGUCAACACGAAGUAAAUUAGACAAAAUAGUUGUUUAAUUUCAUGAGAAAAAGAAUUUUCACACAUUGAGCAGUUUGUAGUCUGAAAACUUGCACAACAGAACAGCCUUUCACAGAUUUGCACUUGUAGGCACCACAACCCCCGUAAUUCAACUAUUUUUUUUCACAAAUAAUUGCCGACAUCUUUCGAUAAUUUUCGAGUUUGCCUCAGCAAUUUUUUUUGCCGAGGUGCAAAAUGAAAUUACCGUAAAUUCCUUUGGCACCCCUCGGCAUUCACGUUGGCAGUUGUAAUUAUAGUAAUUAAAGUACAUAUGGAAGUUAUUACAAACUAAUAUUAUAACCAGCAUAGAUGAUACAAUUUAACAUCGUUAUCAUGUAAUCCAGUGACAUACGCUGUAGUUUGUGAAUUUUAGCAAAAAUCGAACAGCCACUGACUGUAGUUUGUAAAUUUAAGCAAAAAAACCACGAACACACCCUGUAGUUUGUAAAUUUAAGACAAACAGGAGCAUGACAAUUCUAAGUAUUUACUAAAUUCUUUAUCAGACUGGAGGAUAAGCAAUGACUAUAAUAGAACAACACAACUUAUUGUGAGCUACAAAGAAGGCAAGAAAGUAAGUCAGUUUUUAAAACUAUUAUCUUGCCAUGAUGGUGGUGAUGGUAUUGAUGAUGGUGGUGAAAAAUGGUGAUGAUGGUGAUAAUGAUGGUGGUGAUGAUGGGGUGAUGAUGGGAUGAUGAUAGUGGAUCAGAUGGUGGUGAUGAUGAUGGUGACAUUGGUGAUAAUGAUGGUGGUGGUGAUGGGUGAUGAUAGUUGAUCAGAUGGUGGUGAUGAUGAUGGUGAUGGUGAUAAUGAUGGUGGUGAUGAUGGUUGAUGAUAAUGGAUCAGAUGGUGGUGAUGAUGGUGAUGGUGAUAAUGAUGGUGGUGAUGAUGGUUGAUGAUAAUGGAUCAGAUGGUGGUGAUGAUGGUGAUAAUGAUGGUGGUGGUGAUGGUGAUAAUGAUGGUGGUGGUGAUGAUGGUUGAUGAUAAUGGAUCAGAUGGUGGUGAUGAUGGUGAUGGUGAUAAUAAUGGUGGUGAUGAUGGGUGAUGAUAAUGGAUCAGAUGGUAGUGAUGAUGAUGGUGGUGAUGAUGGGGUGAUGAUAGUGGUGAUGAUGGUGGUGAUAAUGGUGAUGAUGAUGGUGGUGAUGAUGAUGAUGGUGAUGGUGGUACAUGAUGAUGAUCAUGAUGAUAAUGGUAAUUGUGUUGAUGAUGAUGAUGAUAUUAAAUGAUGAUGGUGAUGAUAUUGAUGAUGAUGUUGAUGGAGGUGCUGAUCAUGGUGAUAAUGAUUGAUGGUGGUCAUAUUUUUGUUUACUAAUUAUAUGACAGGUCCCAAAGUUGAGAGAACCAAGAAAUCUUUAUACAGUGGCCAGUAAAUAUAAUCAUUCUAUCAACAUACCCCGGUGGUAAGUUUCACAGUUUACAGUGAUGAAUCUCGGCUGUCUGAACAUACGUUUAUUAUGAUUCCAAAAUAUGAAUUGUUAUUUUCUAGGCCGGCAGACAUGAAAGUCCUUUCAGAACGACCUGAGCAUCUAGACAGUCUACCUCACGAACCUGAAAAAUUUUACAAUUCAGGUAAUUUGGUAUUAUAUAUUUAAAAUGGGGCUAUAAUACACAAAGUCUUUGACUCUUCAUGGAAUUCAAGCUAUUAAUUUAUAUUGAUAAAUGGGAUGAUUUAGAUAUUUUAGGAGAAAUUCCAGACAACCUUCCAGCUUUAAAAAAACAUGAAGAUGGCAAAGUCGUGUAUGAAAAUACAUUUGGUGAUUCAAAAUUCGUAAGAGCAUUUAAUUUUUUCUAGAAACUGUUUCUGUAUUUUUUGUAUUUAUUUUACAACGCUUCCAAUUUUCCAGUUUGAUAGUUCACAAAAUGGUGGAGAUGGCACUGAAAAAUCUCAGUCUGUCAGCUCAUCGGACACACUCUGCUUUGAGUCAAGGUUCGAGAGUGGAAAUCUCUCAAAGGCUAUUAAAAUGUAGGUUGCUUUAAAAUAGUAAAUUUGGUGCUUGCAUAUAAAUUUGGAACAUAGAUAUUGCAUUUUUGAGACACCCUGUAUAAUUCCUCAUCUUUAUUUAUUUUUUUAUUUACAUGUUGUUACUUUGCAGUGGUCCUUGUGAUUAUCAGUUAUGGUUAAGGACAGAUUUGUACACAGAAAAGUACACCCAGUGGUACUACUUUAGAGUUGAAAAUACUCAACCUGGAAAAGUUUACAGAUUCACCAUUAUGAACUUAAUGAAGGUAGUCUAUUUUAUUAUUAUUGUUAUUAUUAUUAUCACCAUGCCUAUAACCAUCAUCAGUAUCAAUAUUACCACCACCAUCAUCACUGGUCACCAUCACCACCACCACCAUCAUCACCACCAUCAUCAAUGUCACCAUGGCCAUCAUAAUCACCAUCCUCAUCAUCAAUAUCACCAUGACUACCAUGACCACCAUCAUCAUCACCACCAUCAUCACCACCAUCAAUGUCACUAUGACCAUCAUCAUCACCACCAUCAUCAUCAAUAUCACCAUGACUACCAUGACCACCAUCAUCAUCACCAUCAUCAUCAUCAAUAUCACCAUGACUACCAUGACCACCAUCAUCAUCACCACCAUCAUCACCACCACCAUCAUCACCACCAUCAUCAUCACCACCAUCAUCACCACCAUCAAUGUCACUAUGACCAUCAUCAUCACCACCAUCAUCAUCAAUAUCACCAUGACCACUAUGACCACCACUAUCAUCAUCACCACCAUCACCAACAUCAUCAAUAUCACCAUGACCACUAUGACCACCACUAUCACCAUCAUCAUCAAUAUCACCAUGACCACUAUGACCACCACCAUCAUCAUCACCACCAUCACCAACAUCAUCAAUAUCACCAUGACCACCAUCACCAUCAUUACUACCAUCAUCAUCACCACCACCAACAUCAAUAUCACCAUGACCACCAUUAUCACCACCAUCAUCGUCAUUAUCACUGCAUGACCACCAUCAUCACCACCACCAACAUCAAUAUCACCAUGACACCAUCAUGAAUGACCACCAUGAUACAUUACUACUGCAUAGAAAUGAAAACAGUAAUUCCCUCUCAUUAAUUCCAGAUAAUUCCCUAUCAUUUCUUUUUAUGUGUAGUCAAAAAGUCUGUACAGCUGUGGUAUGAAACCAUUGAUGUACUCUGAACAAGAAGCCAGAGAGAAAGGAAUAGGUUGGAGACGAGUUGGAACUAAUAUCAAAUAUUAUAAAAAUGAACUAAAGUAAGAAUACCUUAGAUAUAGUAUUAUGUACCAAAUUCGCAACUAAACUAAACUAACUUUAUCUACACUGGCUAAUUCUAUCAGUCGAUCGGACCUCGGAAGUUAUAUAUACCAAAAACGAAAACAAAUUUUUUAAAGAAAAACUUUUCAUGUCGUGGAACAAGCUACGAAAUUGUCAACAAUUAUGAGGAGCUCUAUAUAAAUUUGUUUAAAUGCUUAUUACAAAAACAGUUAAUCUAGAUUAAGUCGGUUCUCUGAUAGUAGUAGUACCGUUAGUAUUUAGACAAUUUAUUGUUUUAAAAUGAAGAUUUUAAGCAAGGCCCUUUGAAAAUCAGGAAACUAAAGCCAGGUUCUGGUCAAAUAUGUUUAAGACUGAGUCACUGAGGUAACUUUUCAAUGUCGCGUAUUUGCGAUGAAAAAUGUUCAAAACCAAAAUCAUUUUGGUUGGCGGUUCCUCUGAAAAUUGCUUCAUUUUCUAGUUUACACAUUUAGCAACCUUUUUAAAUGUGUCUGGCGGUUGAGAAACACAAAAUAAUAAUUAAAUUUUGUCAAUUUAAAUACAAUUAUCAUUGAUGCUGUAAAAUUGACGCCGUAUUUAUACAGCAAUAUAAGCAACACUAACUUAAAUUCAGACAUCGUUUUCUCUUUGGCGUACCAUCUAAAAUCUCUUCACUUUGGCAUUAUUUUAAUAAUAACAUAUAUAUAAUAAUAAUAUAAUAAUAACAAUAAUAAUAAUAAUAAUCCAGUGUUAUUAUAGCUAUUUCAGGAACCUGAACUAAAUUAACUUUAUUAGGGAGUUUAAGCUUCACGUUUCCGGGAACGGCAAACGGCAGGUAGGAAAUUUCUUAGCAAAAUUUUCGUUGAACGUUUUCGUUUCAUAUUUUCUUUCUUGCGUCGAAAGAAUAAUUAUGUAUUUCAGUUUUAAAACAGCAAGUUCAUUUACUCUUUAUUGCCUGAUACCGUAAAAUUUUUCUUUGCCUGGCGUUUGCCGUUUGACGUGUAACGCGAAGCUUAAACUCUCUAUUUAUACUGGAUAGCUCGGCAAGAAUAUUUGAGAUACUACAAUCGUUGGCGUAGGUUAAGCCUUGUGGCGAUAUAAGUAGUGUAAACGAAUCACAAAUACCCUGACCUGGCUCUGGCUUGACUCAGCUCAGGCCAAGGUUCGCAGCUGGAACACAGCUUUAUUUUAUUCUUAGGCGAGAAGACGCUAAAGGUGAACAUUCCUUGUACUCAUUGAGUUGGACUGUUGUAUUUCCUCGUGCACGAGAUCGCUGCUAUUUUGCUCAUUGUUAUCCAUAUACAUACACCGACUUACAGGUAUAUAUUCUAGAUAGUAAAACAAGGGUGGUUGUUUUGGGUGAUUGCAGAUACGAUCAGUGUACGUUCUCUUACCAAUGAGUCAAGCCUGUUUCUGUAGGUCGAGGGUACAGUAAGGACCCUUUAGCUACCAGGACGCAACAGCCAAGGCCAGAUUAUGGUUGCGUGGGACCCCUCCGCCCACGGCUUUUUUUAAUUAAGUGCGGGACCCAUUACCCCCACUCCCCUCAUAGCCUGCAUAGCGGCUCAGAGAAAGGAGAGCCUGCACGAAACCCCAUGCCAAACCAUUUCCGCCCACCUAGCCUGCGGGCUACGCCCACUUUAAAUAGAUGUCAAAAUUGGCCAAUCACACAGAUUGUUUACGUUGCAAAUGUACUUGUCAAAAUGAAAUAUAAAUAUAGAUUGCUGUAUGUUCGCAAAUUUCUAAACGAAAUAAUAUACGGAUGUCUAAAGAAAAUUGAAGUCUGUGGGAAUAGCGCUAGGCCUAGGGCAAUCUUCAUCGUUGUCACAAGUAGUUUGCAAUCCGUAUCUACGAUAUUUCGUAGCUUUCUCGCACAAGUAGCCUACAAAUAUAAUUUAUAGUUUCGAUAGCGGUCAACCGUGAUGUUUUAAAUGUUAAAGUUUCGGGCGAUGCAGAGAAGAGAAUAUUAAAGGUGUCUAAAGCCAUCACUUCAGAGAGAGCAAGUCCUGUUCAUAAGACAUAAGCAUUUACAGCAAUUCUCUCCUGGCACAAAAUUAUUAGCUACAAAAUCAUGAAGAAAAAAUCUAUUUGUCGUCGAUGAAUUGAUUAAAACGAACACGCUUGUGAAAGAGGCGCUGCUAACAGACAUCAAUCCAAUGAAGACACCACAGUCAAUAUCUCUAGAGCUUCGUGAACCAAGUUCGUAAAUACCUUUAUUGUUCAACCGUAAAUUGUAACCUUUAAGCUCUUUUGAAUGCAAAACUCAAAGAAACGCCUCUCAAUAAUAAUACAUCCGCCGUGUUUGUAUGAAUUUUAGCAUAAAUUAGCAUAUUUUUUCAUUUUGAACCAAUCAGAUUUCUCGUCCUCUGAGAGAACGAGUAAAUACGGUUUAGCAUGGGGUUUCGUGCAGGCUAUCCCUUCUCUGACAGCCGCUACGCAGGCUACUCCCCUCAAUGCACCAACACGCCUAACUGAAAAUUAUCAAUUAUUAAUAAAACUUUAAAUAUUCUUUUCUUUUGACCAACGAAACGAUUAAGCCCUAUACUUCACAAAAUUGAGCACGAUUUUCACAUCGUCUUUUGAUUUUUGGGCUCCGUGGUUGCUGUUUAGAAAAGCUUGUUGGAGCAUGGGACAGAGUUUGUACAAGACUUGAAAAUCCUUGAAAGUUCUUGAAUUUGGAAACAGAAAUUCAAGGCCUUGAAACUCCUUGAGUUCAUGAGGAAGUGCUUGAAAGUCCUUCAAUUGUUCUUACUUUAAUGGAUAUUUUCUGAAAUUGUUUGGCAUUAAGAAUUAGACAUUUCGUAAAUUGAUUUUGUUCAUGUCUUACAAAGGCCAAAGCUGUUUAAAAUUCAUUAAAAUUGACGUUUAACGUCACUUCUAACGCCUUCUUUUCAGCCCUUUAGGCCUUGAAUUUCUUGAUAUAUGGCUUUGAAAGUCCUUGAAUUUAACUCUUACUCACCUGUACGAACCCUGUGAGAUUUUGUGCACGUCACGAUUAUUGCCAGCACAAUUUCUGAACAAAAAUUGAAGGUAUCACAAAACGCGCUGGGUCGUACCAGGCCGUAAUAUUUGCGUACCUCUUGUACCUAAAUACGUGAAUUUAUAGCCCCUUAUAAUUCUACUGCAAAGAAAGAUGAUCAGCAUUCCCUCAUUACAAUGACAACUGAAGGUUCAUUCCUCGCCCUAAAUGACAAUAUUUGCUUCGCCAUGUUAAGAAUACAAAAGUGAUACUCCUAAUUUUUUUUCAGGAAUAUUUAAGCAAGUUAAGUAAAGAUCCAAGCCGAGCACAAUAUUGUAAACAGAGAACGUUGACCAGAACCUUAGCUGGAAACUUCGUGUAUUUAAUGACUAUUACUAGUCCGUCGAAAUGUCCUUUGGAAGCCAAGGUUUGAAACUACAUUGUACAUGUAUAUAUACUAUACUAUAUUAUAUAUCUACAAUACAAUGUGAAACUGUAAGAAAUAGACAAUAUUUUCCGUGUUUCUAUACAGUAACGUUAUAGAAUUAUUAGAAUCACGCGUGGGGUCUGGGAGAACGAAAAACAAUCACGUUAUUUCGAGCACUAGCAGAUCUAGAAAAUUUUUGCGACCGGAAAUUGCACAGAAAUGGUGAUGUCGCUGAGCAUUAAUUGCAUGCUAUUGUGGGCUCAGUCAAGAGGAUUCCCAUGCUUUUUGUUUUGCUUCAUUUCGACUUAAUAUUAAAACCCAUAGAGAUGCCUGCGGAGGAGGCUAUAGAUAUAUAUAUUUUUAUAAUAUAACUCAACCAAAGGAUUUUGAAAUAAUUUGUUUAAAUCGACAAAUUUACAAAUUGUCAUUACCUAAGCAUAAAACGGAUCUGUAUUGACUGUUGCUCGUCAAUUUCUCUACAAAAUAUUCUAGUUCAACUAAAACAGUAGGUUAAAUUUUAACUGCAUGAAGGUUAGCGUUUUGACCCAACUUUGAACAACCGGUCCCUGGAUUAUCUAAACAAGUAUUAUUAAACAUUUUUUGGAAUGUAGUGUGUCUUAAAAUUGUUUUGUUUUCGUCUUUAAUUUGAAGACGCGAGGUGGGAAUUUUUUGUGUUUCUGUAAUGGUAUAGAAGAGAGGUCUGACUGUCUUGCAUUGUCUUUCAUUUCAGAGAAAGCGUGCAGUAGUAUUAACAGCGCGUGUCCACCCGGGCGAAACCAAUUCCAGCUGGAUGAUGAAAGGUCUCCUAGACUACCUUACCAGUGAUACCUUGGACGCUAAGCUACUCCGAGAUACAUUUGUGUUCAAAGUCGUACCAAUGUUAAACCCUGAUGGAGUCAUUGUGGGUAACUAUCGUUGCUCAUUGAGCGGCCGGGAUCUCAACAGGAAUUAUAAGACUAAUUUGAAGGAUGCUUUCCCGUCAGUGUGGCACACUAGAGAGAUGAUUAAACGGUAAGAAAGAUAGUCACCAGAGCUUUCCAGAAUUGUUUAUUAUAGUUUUAGUUACAGGUUUCCUCCUGUAAUGACACUGUCACCAUCAAAAAGGAACUUACUGGACCUCUAGGAAGUACAGUUUAGAAUUAGAAAAGCUAACGAUAUAGGGUUAGUGUACUUUUGGUUUCCUCCUGUAGAAACACUGGAGCAAUAGAAGAUGAUCUUUACUGGUCCUCUAUAAGGACAAUAGUUUAGAACUGAUAGAGCCAUACAGUAUAUAAAUAAAGUUAGUUUAUGUUUCUUCCUGUAGUAACACUGAAUCGAUAAGGAACUGCAUGGUCUUUGCUGGAUCGCUAUAGGGAGAACAGUGUAGAACUGAUAGAACUAUACAGUAUAAAUUAAUUUAGUUUAGUUCAGGUUUCCUCCUGUGGUAACAUUGGACGAUGAAUCAAUUAAUGCCUACCUCUAUAGAGAGCAGUUCAGAACUGCUAGAGUUAUAAAUAAACACCUACUUUAAUCAUCAUACCUCUUCAGAAUUAAAUUGGUUUAUGCGUUAAUUAGCUUAAAACAGUUCUUCCCAGAAAGGUAAAAACUGAGCAAAAUUAAUCCAUAUCGGUUCUAUUUUAUAUAGGAGGAAACAUAAACUAAACUUUCUUAAUUUUAUUUAUACUGGAUAGAUCUAUCAGUUCUCAACCUGCAGAGGCCCAUUCAAGGCGAUCCGUUAUUGCUCCUGUAUUUCUACCGGAGUAAACCUAAACUAAACUGACUUUAAGAUUUAUAUUACACUUUUGUCCUCAGGUUGAGUCAAGAGCGAGAGAUCACGUUAUACUGCGAUUUUCAUGGUCACAGCCGACAACAAAAUGUGUUUAUAUAUGGCUGUGAAGAUCGAGCGAAUCUUGAUCAAGGAUUCAAGGAACGGGUGUUUCCAAUGAUGAUGUCAAAAAACUGCGAAGACAAAGUAAGUUUUGAUUGGCAGGGGAUGACGUCAGUUGUUUUAUUCGGGUAGUCCAUUGGGUAGUCCAGUUUCGUGUUAACAUUCAUGGUUAGAUUUUUUUGCUGAUGUUACUCGAAGUGUCCAUGACUUGACCAUGGUGGGAAUCGAACCUGCAUGCGACCUAAAGGUCCUAGUCCAAUGCUCUAUCAACUGAGCUACAAGGUCAAGUCGGUUCGAUCACCUCAACUCAUGGUUAUAUUUUUUGCAGUUUUGUUUCAAACGAUGCAAAUUUAAAGUGCAGAAGAGCAAGGUAGUGAACAAUCAUUCUCUAUAGAUUAUACACAACUCUUUGUCACAUUGGUGAAUCAACUUAGGCUUAAAUCUGCAUUCUUUUUCAGAGUGGCACAGGCAGAGUUGUUAUGUGGAAUUUAGGAAUCAGCAACAGCUACACAAUGGAGGUAUGCGUAUCAAAAUGAAUAGCCGUUACAUGUAUAGAGAGAACAGUUUAGACACAGUUGGGAGAGCUAUUUAGAAAAAGCGGAAGGGCGCCGCUCGCAGGCGCCUUUUCAACUGGUGCAAGCACAUUUUGAAAUCUCAUUAAAAUGCAGAUAGUUCAACAAUAUUUAUUUCUAAAGCCUAAAUACGAUUAAAUUUUUCGGGCACAUUUUGAAGUUAUGAAUUUCGUUCGCAGGCACUAAAUACUUCCAAAUACUAUUAAUAAUUAAGUUUAGUGUAGUUUGCUAUAGUUUAGAAGUUCAAUACAGCUAAUCCAAUUAAUGUUGCCCUCUCAAAGUUACAACUCAAAACUACGCAAAACCUCGAAAAACACAAAAAGCAGAGUUGACGGUGUAUUGCCUGUAUAAACAUUAGAGAUGUUCAUAUUAAGUGCAUAUUAAGCCUGUGAGAGGUAUCCGUAGUGGAAGUCAAAUCUGAACCUUUAUUAUUUUGUCCAGGCAACAUUUUGCGGUUCUACACUUGGUUCCAGAGCAGGAGAACAUUUCACGACAGCAGAUUUUGAAUCGAUGGGCUAUCAUCUCUGUGAUACAUUAUUGGAUUACUGUGACCCAGAUAUGUCCAAGGUGGGUAGUAGUACUAAGCAUAUAUGUUAGCGCCUCUUAACUGUUUCGGAGGAUAGGGCGAGUGCAUUUUGAUGAUGAAUCAUUGCGAAUCGUGGCCAGGCGGUUACGCUUUUUUGGCUGAGUCGACCUUCUUUAUAGUCUCUAUUCUGUGAUACAAUCGAGCACGUGUAUCAUGAGCCUUUUGGUCAGGUGAAGUGGCAACCACAACCUGUGUACUUGAUAUUAGAUAAAUAGCUACCACCUAUACUACUGUUACUUACUUACUUGCUUUUUAUUUAGUAUUUCUCAGUCUUGAACGAAGUGGAAGUUUACGUGAAAUCUUUAGUGUUGGCACGAAUGAAGGAGAAAGGCGUAGCUGAGCCAGAUAUGAAACCCACUGAUAUUGAUUUAGAGAAAGAUUAUAUGUCUUCUGAAUCCAGGUUUGUGUGCGGGAAACGGUGCGGGUAAAGUGCGUUUUGCAUCUUCCCUGACAAUUGUUCACCUUCCCUGAGAACUCAUGCACCUCCCAUUGCGGAAUCAAAUCAAAAUUUGAUUAAAAAUACCAAUCAUUGAAUAACAAUCAUUGAAUGAUUGUUAUUAAAUUUUUAUGUGUUGCUUUGAGGUCUUCACAUGGACCGCGCAGCGCUUUUACGAUUAGGGAGGUUGGCGUUGAGAUGAAGUAAGAUUUUCCUAGGUGCAUGGGUCAAGUUGCAAUGGUCAAGUUGAGCGUUAACUCUGCUUUGAAAACCACGUAUAGGCAUGCUUAAAACUGCCACACUGGAAGUGCAAAACAUUUUCAAAAGUAAUAAUUUUGGUUAAGCCAAUGGCACAAAAAAGGAGAAAUAUAUUUCAACCUUACAUGUAAUGAUAGUAUAGCCAGCUGUAUACCAAUGGUGCCAGAGUGCUGGAACGACCACAAGGGAAGUGAGCAUAUAGGGGCAUGGUCGUAAAACCUAACUCAGACCGCUGCACCGUCCCUAAAAUUACCCCACCUCACCAGCAUUUCCACCAAAAUCCGACCCUGCUAAUUUUAUCCAGUGAGGUGCAAUUAAAAAUCAUGAUUUAGCGCACCCUCUAUGCAUGAAAGUCGACGAACAUAAAGCAUUUUUGCGUGCAAUAAUUUUAUAUUUAUUUUUCCAUACUGUAGCCCAAGUGGAUCUGAUAGUUCUAUCUCAGAUGGUUUGCCAAUGCAUGUCAUUUAUUCCGAAAAAGAAGCGUCGAAGGUAUAGAAUUGUCCUAAUACUUUUGUCAGUAUGAUCACAUCUGUUUCUUUCUGCUCAUGCAAGGCCUACAUUCGACAUUCGGAAAGCGUAAAAAAACACUCGCCUCAUGCAGUCACCUGCAGCUCGUGUUUUUAUAACGCUUUCCAAAAGUCUCGCAACAUCCCAUGGUACUUGUUUUAUAAAAUAGUCACAGUGAAACAACGGCUAACUUUAUUAAUACAUUAUUUAAACAUUAUUAAUAAUUCAGGAGGAAAAGGCAAAUGAAAUUGACCAAAUUGACGGGUAUUGACCAAUCAAAUUGUGUGUUUCACUGUAGUUAUUAUAUAAAGAAAGUUGACGAGACUUGCAACUCUCGACCGCCAACUCUCAUCGACUUUCAUUUGCAUUGUUGAACUGCUUUUCUAUCCAUUCAUUUAAAACAAAGUUAAAAUACUACUUUAUUGAUGAUUGAGCUUUGAAAUUGUACUUUGAAAUAUGUCUAAUUUGAUUCUGUAUAGGAUAAUUAUCAAUUUAAUAAUAUCUAACAAAUAGCUAGCAUAUAUGUCGAUCUUCUAUAUAUUGGUAAAUUAUUGAUUUUUUCUUUUCUUCUCAUAAGGAAGCUUGAUAUUAAAUAAGCCGAAAUGGUUUCCCUAUUCGACUUCCUUGCUACUAACAUACGCUAUAUUACACAUAGAUAUGUGAUGUAUAUAUUAUAGUCACAACCAUCUGGCCAAACAUUCUUUCGUCUGUAAAUAGUGUGUAGACAUUGUAACCUGUGUGUAAAGUAUGUUUACUUAGUGAUAAAUCAAAUUAAAUUAUUCAAAAUUAAAUUAAAUUAUUCAAAUUCAAAAUAUGUAGAAGAAGAAAAAGCGUCUAAAAACAAGAAAAGAAAGGAACAAACGUCGAGCACGAAACUGGGAUAAACAAAGCAAAGGGAAAGAGGUUUGACAAAAACCAAGUACAGGAAAAAAAAGAUAAUCCAACUCUGGCAUGUUAUCCUGAGUAAAAUAUUACGUUUAACCAUUUACCUUUUUAUACCAAUAAAGAUCAGGCUUUUAGUUGUUGAUUGAUAUCUUUCUUCUAUCAUUGCGAUCAAAAAUAGCCAUUCGCAUUUUUCAGUUGGGGAAUUGCGUGUAAAGUUGUGGUCUGAGUGUUGAAAUUAUUCUCAUUUGGCGAUUUUGGGAUUAAAAUUUAAGUCGCUUGAAUCAAUGCAUGUGUAAGCAUUAAGUUUUGGUAAAUUUCCACUCGCAAUUUUGCAUCGAAAUUGAGUGGUUAAAACAUCUUACAGAACUGGAAGUUUGCAGACAGAACUCGCAGUGCCAUACUUUUCACGAAUGGGCAACAAACAUUUGUGAAAAUGUUCGAAAAUUGGAAGAUCAUAAAUCCUAAAAGUGGAAAAUGCGAUUUCAACCGACCACUUUAAAUCACAUCAUAAUUUAUUUGGUCAUUUUUUUAUCGCAAUGAUUCGAUAAAGGUAUGACAGCUAAAAGCCUGGGGCCGGUUGUUCAAAGCUGGGUUAACGCUAACCCUCGGUUAAAAUUUAAUCUGCUGUUUUGGUUUAUGUAUUUCUGCACGUCUGUUUAUUUCAAAACUUCAGAGAAGGGAACUCCAACUGAUUCAGACAAGAUUUCCAAAGAAAUAUUUCCAAAUUUAUAAACAAGCUCUUGGGAAGUUUGUUUUGAAUUUUAAGUUAACCUAGCCUUAAGUUAACCCAGCUUUGAACAACCGGCCCCAAAUCUUUAUAAACACGUAAACAGAAAACCUUUGAACGUAACAAUUAACACACGAUAAUCUGUCAAAGUUCGAUUACCCUUUUUUUAAUACACUCUGCAUGUAUAUGCAAUGGAACUUCAUCGCAGUUUUAUAAAUUUAAUGCCUUAUCUUUCUGCAAUUUUUAUUAGCCUACGAAACAACUUGAAGGCAACGAAGUGCUGCCUGCAAAGAAUACUCGCGUGCGUGAAUGCUCGAAGGAUUUACCCGCUGAAGGGGGGAAGAAUGUAAGCAGCUGUUGCUAUUGUUAAGAACUCAUGCAGCUAUCAAGUAUAAAUAAAGUUAAUUGGGUUAAGGUUUCCUUCUGUAGCAACACUGGACCAAUUGUGCAUGGCAUUUACUGAAUCUCUAUAAGAAGAACAGUUUAGACACUGAUAGAGCUAUCCAGUGCAAAUAAAGUUAGUUUUUUUAAGGUUUCCUCCUGUAGUAACACUUGAUCAAUGAGGGAUGACUCUUACUGGACCUGUAGGGAGAACAGUUCAGAACUGAUAGAGCUAUCCAGUGUGAAUAAAGUUGAUUAGUUUAUGUUUCCUCCUGUAGUAAUACAUGGAUCAAUAAGGGAUGACUCUUACUGGACCUCUAGGACGUAACAAAAUAGUAGCGUUGAUACUGUGAUGUGUAGGCGUUAGCGUUAGAGACGUUUACACAAAAUAGGAGGGGUGAAGCGAAAUUUUAGUGGGGUUGAACACUUUAUAAGAGGGUUUAGGGAGAUUCUAAGGGGUUUAACCCCCCCCCCCCCUGUAAAUCCGCCCAUGGUUUAUUUUAUAUAAUUCCUCCUGUAGUAACACUAGACCAAUAAAGGAUCAUCUUACUGUACACCCGAAAGAACAUUUAAAACUGAGAAUGAUAUCCAGUAUAAAUGAAGUAAAUUCAGUUUAGGUUAUGUUUCCUGCUCUUCCACUAACCACUAGAAUAGUAUAUGGUAUUUACUGAUUGAUUCAAUUUGUUCCCUUCUAGUCUAGAGCUUCCUCCCAUCAACGAAAUAUGAAAACGCCAUCUUCUCCUAUCGCACACGAGGCUUGCAAAGCACCCACUAAUCCUGAACAGUUCACUGAAGUUAAUGU